GGCGCGUGUGUUGGCCGGUCAGUGGCACUGUGGUCCUCUCUUUCUCAUCGGGUCCGUGUUGCAUUACAAAGGCAACAAUAACAACAGCUGCACUUAUCACACUGAGAGGACUUGACACAGAAACAUUCAGAAAGAAAGAGAGGUGUUUCUCCCGCUCCUCGCUCACUCACUCCCUCCAGCCCCGUGAAGCUGUUGCACUUGUUCCAGGCUCUCGUCUGUUGUCAGUCUGUUGUGCAGCUUUAUGUCAAGGCGCGGGGUUGUUGGCUGGUGUCAUUUCUGCGCGUCAACAAUAAGGAGCACGCUGCUGGAGCGACGCGUUUGAAAUGAGCGCAUUUCACUCAAUGGGAUUUUUAUAUUUAGCUCGGUAAGGGACGCGCUGGAGGAGCAGCGGGGCAGCGGGGAGAGGAGACCCCCCGAUCCCACUGGUGGCCAACAUUUUGAGCCUUUUCUCUGCGUCUCCAGACCCCAAAACUUGGCGUUCAUACCGCGCUGUGCGUUAUCAGGGUGUGUGCGUGUGCGCGUGUGUGUGUGUUAGAAAAAAAAAAAGGGGGGAAUAGCGCAAAUUUCUCUCCAGCUCCAAAAGGGGAAAAGAUGAUGAUGAUGGCCGGUGGCGGCGGAGCAGCCGUGGACCAUAACGGGAUUUACGCCGACCUCCACAGCCUCCAGCAGCCCCUCAUGGAGCCCGAUAACCCGGACUCCCGCAAACGACCGCUGGAAACUCCGGCGGAGGAGGCCGGCUGCACCAAGCGGACCAACACCGGAGAGGAGGGCGAGUACUUCCUGAAGGUGCUGAUCCCCAGCUAUGCAGCCGGCUCUAUAAUUGGCAAGGGCGGCCAGACCAUCGUACAACUGCAGAAAGAGACGGGUGCCACCAUUAAGCUGUCCAAAUCCAAAGACUUCUACCCAGGAACAACAGAACGUGUCUGUCUGAUACAGGGUACAGUCGAAGCUCUCAAUGGUGUUCACAACUUCAUUGCGGAGAAAGUCCGUGAGAUGCCCCAGAGCGCCCAGAAACCCGAACCUGUCAGCAUACUGCAGCCACAGACCACCGUCAACCCUGACCGCGUCAAACAGGCCAAAUUGAUCGUGCCCAAUAGCACGGCUGGGCUGAUCAUUGGCAAGGGUGGAGCCACAGUGAAAGCUGUGAUGGAGCAGUCAGGGGCUUGGGUGCAACUCUCCCAGAAGCCAGAGGGCAUCAACCUCCAGGAGCGAGUGGUAACCAUCAGUGGGGAGCCUGAACAGAACCGCAAGGCUGUGGAGAUCAUAGUGCAGAAGAUCCAGGAGGACCCUCAGAGCAGCAGCUGUCUCAACAUCAGCUAUUCUAACGUCUCGGGUCCAGUGGCCAACUCCAACCCCACUGGAUCCCCCUACGCCAACACGGCUGAGGUCAUGCCCAACGCGGCCGCAGCUGCUGCCACUGCCUCCAGCCUUCUGGGUCAGGCCGGCUUGACGGGAAUGGGUGCCUUCCCCACCGCCAUGUCUAGCUUCUCUGGCAAUGACCUGUUGGCCAUCACCUCAGCCCUCAAUACAUUGGCCAGCUAUGGCUACAACACUAACACCCUUGGCCUUGGCCUCAACCCUGCAGCUGCCUCUGGGGUUCUUGCUGCAGUAGCAGCUAGCGCUAACCCAGCUGCUGCUGCUGCAGCUAACCUGCUGGCCUCCUAUGCCAGCGAUGCCUCAGGCAGUGCUGGCCACCCUGCUGCAGGCCUUGGUGGGUUCUCCCUGGGUUCUCUAGCAGCUGCUACAGGGGCUUCCAAUGGUUACCUAAAUGCUUCAUCCCCGCUGAUGGCCUCCUCUCUACUGGCAGCAGAGAAGCUGGGAGAUGGGGCCAAGGACGUGGUUGAGAUUGCUGUUCCUGAAAAUCUGGUUGGUGCCAUUUUGGGGAAAGGAGGGAAAACGCUGGUCGAGUACCAGGAGCUAACAGGAGCCCGAAUCCAGAUCUCCAAAAAGGGAGAGUUCAUUCCUGGUACUCGGAACCGUAAAGUUACCAUAACAGGGUCGCCAGCCGCUACACAAGCAGCGCAGUAUCUGAUCAGCCAGAGGAUCACGUACGAGCAGGGUGUGCGUGCUACCAACCCACAAAAGGUGGGCUAAAAGGAAAAAGAAGAGGAAAGAAGGAAAGGAUGAAGACAGAGAUAGAAGGGAAUUGAGAGGGCCACGAUGAAUAGAAAAAAGAAAUGUCCAAAUAUCUGUUCAAUAUUUCAGUAACAAAUGAGAGAAUCACAAAGGAGGAGGUGGGGGAGACAACCAAGAUAAGUGUGUGUGAUAUGUGAAUGUGUUUUAAGGACUGACGUCCUGAUGUUUUUUAAAAGUUUGUCUCGAGUCCUUUUGAUGAUGGUGAUCAGAGUAAGCUGAACUGGUCCACUGCCAAGCUGCAGAUUCAAGGGUGAAGCCGCAGGGUUUCACACUUCUCCAAAACCUCAUAGCUGUUUUAUUUUCCAUUUUUUGUUUGGUUUUGUUGGUUUUAAUUUCAGUUGCAAACCUCAGCUCCCGGCGAGUUGAGCGGGUCAGAUGAAGUUCCAGCUAAUAGAGCUGUUCUACAAACCUUGCUCUUUGUAUACAAUGCAGAAGGCAUUGUUAACAGGCGACAGGUUUUAUGACAUGCACCUGAGGUCAUCUCAAUCUAUGGGGAAGCAAUCUGAGUAUAUUCAUGUCUACUUUCACAUAAGUUGAAUUUUGGCUCAUAUCAUGAUUGACGUUUCUAAAUUUGGGUAUUUUAUAUUUUCAUCCUUUAUUUAUUGACAUGGUCUCAUUCAAACACAAAUAGAUUAUUUAAACCUGCGAAUGCAGGUUGAUCUGAAUGUAAAAACAAUAUUAGCCUGAUGCUAUUUUUUAUUUACAGGGAUCAAACAUUGUGUUGCAGUGAAAGAAAUGUAUAACUCAAACCCAGGCUGAACUUCACUGUUGCUGUCUGCAAGAAUAGUUCAGGGGUUAAAUAAUCAAUGUGAGAGGAUAGAGGAGACACACAGGAAUGUAUAAAUAUAUUUUACAUGAACUUACAUAGAUAAUGCUCCCACAAAUGCACAAACACUGAAACAUAUUUGCAUAUUCAGCCACAGCUACCAACACAGAAAUAUGUUUGUUGUUUAACCCUUUCUUGGUGCUAUAGGAUUAGGUUCAUAUCUCCUUAAACAUGAAAUCUCUCUGGCGACCAAUCUCGUUACUUGAUUAGACAAAUAAGCUGAUGUAUCAUCCAGCCAUUAGUAGCCCAUUAGAUCUGACCCAGCCUCUCCCCUAAAAUAACUGAUUUCAGCGUUUCAUGAUGGAAAGCAAUCCAGUCUCCAUCUAAACUCCCAAUGCAGGUCUUCUUUUUUCCAAAAAUUCUCUAGAUUUUACCUGACAGUGUUUUUGCCUCAGUCGCACAUUUGUAACCCAAGAGGAAUAACUUAAAGCUCAGUCUACCUUGAUGCAGUGUCUAACCAGUUUAGUUCACAAAGGGAACAAAGCACUACAAAAGCAUGUUGUGAAGAAAAGCUGUAUGAACCAAUAUCUGUGAACAAAGAAGCGAUUGCCUUUACAUUAAGGGUACCAAAUAGUCAAAAGACGUAAACUAAUGAAAGGGAAGUAGACUGACACUUGAAAAGAAGGUUUGGGCUCAUUUUUUCUUUGAGCCAUCCUUCCCAAUUUGCAUCAAGACAUAAAAAAACUACAACUCUGUAGUUCAUGCCUGUUAUCGUUCCCGAAACAUGUUAUCGCUCACUAACUUCAUGUGGCGCACAUAUUAAAACAUAGCAAAAUGUUUUGGCAUCAUUGUCUGUUACGGGCAAUUGUUUGUCUAAUGCAGGGAGGCAAAUUAUCUAGAGCAUUUACAAGCACGCAAAGAUUACCUUGGCUUCCUUCUGUGCUGCUAUCCAUGGUGUUCAUCCUGAGUACACUGGGUCUCUGAAGACUGCACUGUGAGACAUUACAAACACAAUGUAAAGCGUGUCUGUCCCUGCAUGGGAUGUGAGUAUAUUUUAAUGUGCACAUCUGUGUCACAUACACAAGACGUACCAAUACUGACAAAAGGGAUAUCACCACAAGAGCAUUCUCACUCCAGCGUCUUGUGAUGUUUUUGUUUACUAGUACUAAUGCACUGCAUUUAAAUUAGCGGACAUUUUUCUGGUCAGAGAACCACAAAUUAUCCCCCAACCACAUUUUCUUGCACUGUUAUUCUCCAGCCCUAUUGCGUCCACUUCCAACACUGUAUCGAGACAUCUUUCAAUUCUCCUCAUCAACCCAAGCUCUAUGAUCAGCUUCCUGAGUACACGGCUGUGAGGGUUGGUGCUGAGUAGUUUCCAAGAAAAUCAGAACCACUCCCAUUUUUGGGGAAAUUUAAUGAAUAGCCUUGUCUUUUUUCAUUAUCACAAUUCUUGUUUGAAAGUAAAUGGAUUUGCAAGUGUUUGAAACAACUCUUUGUGUCCGAACAUUGUGCGUGCCAAUUGCAACAGUAAGCCUUUCUUCCUAACUGAAAUCGUUCCUUUCACUACAUGUCUAAAAGGCUUCACAGUCAUCCAUAACUACAAUGUGGCCACUAGUGAAAUCUUAGCGUAAGAUAACCUUUUACUGCCCAAGAUUUUAAGCAUAUAAUAGGAUACAAGCACAAAACAAGGGGGUGUUUUAUCAAUGCAACUGGACUGCUUGCCUGAUCAAUACUGAUCAAUACGUUGUGCCAAAUACUAUUUCUCUCUGCGCCUCAUUAGCUUUCCUCUUUCUCUCGACAUUUUAUUCCCCUGCAUGUUGCCGUUUCUCGCCGUUCUGAAAAUUCCUCCUGUGUCCUAAUCCCUGUCUGUGCUUCUUCCUACGCUGUGCUCUCCCCCUCUUUCUCCUUCCUCCUGUCUUGUCUUCUCAUGGGUGGUGUGUCGGGUGUGCUGCUGGUGGGAGUUAUGCACUACAGGUCAUAAGGGUAUGAAAAUAUUUUCCCAGGCCGCAGGAGUUCACAAGGCUAAAAUGCACAGAAAACACCUGCCUCCAAAACUGUGACACCCACCAAACCAACCAGCAACAUUAGCUCAAAGUAUCAAAUUCCCUCUAUAAGAAGAACAAGUAGGGUUUAGAAAGGUUCAGACUGUGAACUAUGGCCUUUUAAGGAAAGAGAAAGUGUUGUUUUUUUCCAGAAGAAGGCAAAUCUUGGUUGAAUAAAUAUUCAUAUGUUGGCUGAACAAACUGAGCUCAAGCCUCAGCCUCUAAACAAAGCAUAGAACGAACAGAAUGCAUAAGAUAGCGAGUGUAAGGUGGGAACUCGUUUGUGACCUCAAGCCGAAACAAUGACAUCCUUUAUGCAUAUCCUCUUAUCUGAAAAUGACUAGAAUUCAUUUCUGUGGAAUACAAUAUGUCAUGUCAUAUGAUCUAUAUGUACUUUAUUGUAGCUAUUCUAGUUUGUAGUCCAAAUGCAGUCCAGCGUUGUCGAUACAAUGUGAACUAUGUUAUAUUUGUGUGGAUGAUGAGAGUGCCAACUAAGCCUGAUUAAGAUUAGCUUCGCGAUUUGUUUGUGCAUUAUGAUGACUCAUCAUCAGCCGGUGGUGUCCAUAUUUCUGUCAUUGAUGAUUUAGUUUGACAGUAAGAAAAUGUAAAGAAUAUUGGAAGCAAUAUAGUAGCAUGUUGUCCUGUUUUGUGUUUUAUGUCUGUUGUAUGAACCUUUGAAAUUACUAAGAUUUUGAAUGAAUAGGUUUACAUGUACUUUUUGUAAGUUAUGAAAAUGCUGCUAUUUGAUAAGUAAACUAUACAAAAAUAUUUUAGUUGAAAAAAAUGUCUGGUCUGUUUAGAAACAUGCUCCACAAGGCUGGAGCAUAAAACGAGGUGUAUAGAAUACUAUACAGUAUUGGUAAGAUAGUAAAAGUAAUAAUAGACUCCAUAGUACAACCUGUGCCAAACUAGACCUCUGCAGCUUCUGAAAUUGUAGAUGUGCGAUCAAAUGUUAGAUAUCAAUAACUUGUUUAGAAGUGCUGAUCAAGUGCCAAUCAAACACUGUCUUUUAAGUUAAGAAAAGAUAAUCAAAUACAUUACUUAAGAAAACAAAGGACAAAGAACUUUUUGUGCAUUGUUUUAUCCCAUAGGUACAUAGACUAAGAGUUAAAGAUUGUGAUUUUUAUGGAUCCAUGUUGUUUUACACUCCAUGCAUCCCUUGUGUGUUUGUUUGACCUGUGGCUUAAGUACUGCUGUUUUCUCACAAAUGUCUCUAUAGGCCAGCAUGGACUAAGCAUAACAUGUUAUAAGCAUUCAUAACAUAACAUUAACAAUCAAAAAUGUGUUUGUGGAGUUAGGUGUUAUCUUUUUGCACGUCUUCUAUUGCAUGGUAUCAAAGUAAAUUAUGGAGGAAAAAAAUUACAAAAAUUUGCGAGGUGUUCUCGCAACAUUCAGAGACAUAACACUGCAUGAAGUCAAAUGUAAAGCACUUAAGUUUUUCUCGCCUCAUGUUAAAAAAAAAAAAAAAAGUUGGUUUUUUUUUUAAUGUUGUGAGUUGGGAGGGAGCUCAUUAUUGUCAUGUUGGCCCGAAAAAAAAAAGACACAGAAACACACACACACACACAGACACACACACAUCUCAGAUCAAAUUCUCAUCGGUUCAUCGAGUUCAUCUCUCUACAUCAUCAGAGAAGAUAUUUUCAAUUUUAGGUACAGUGGGGAGUAUUACAAAUGUGAGACAAGCAAACGUGAAAAUGUUAUUCAGUGCAUUGGCUCCUUGUGUUUUUUAUUUAGUUUUUUUUAAAGAUACCAGACAUGCGUUUGUUUUACUAACAGGUUGAACCUCAUAUAACCUGUCCCAUGAUAUUUGUAGAUUUUUUUUUUAUGUCACAGCUUGAAAGCCCAGAUCUAAUCUAUGAAUGUACCCAUUUACACUUUUUAAUUUUAUUUCUGUCGAAUGUUAUUGGUCUUCAAUGUAAAUUCAGGGCAGGAAUGUCAAAUACAUGUAGAGUUAAUAUCUAUGUCAAUAACAGAUUUCAGCUAUAGUCAGGUAGGCCUCACACGGCCAUAGUCAUGAACCAGAUAUGUUUUAACACAACUUCCGAUUCGCUGUCAACAUUAUCUUGUUUGUUUGGUGUUGCAUAAAUGCACUUUACUGAUCAGUGGUCAUAUUGGCUGUGAAAUGAAGCAAACCAUGUUGUCUUUCAACAGUUGAUCUUUUUUUUUGAUUUAUCCUGCCAUUAUUUGCUGUUACACUAAUGUUACUUUAAUUUAUUUAUUCCCUGAUCCCGUUGGGUCUCAUGAAUGAUGGAAAGGGCUGGAGUCUCAGACAAAAUAGAAAAGUUACACCUGUUCCCCCACUUGAAGGCUUCUCCUUCACAUUCCCUUCAGCAGAGGUUUGUGUCAAUCACUGAGUGCUGUAUUUUUAACCAACAGGUGAAACCAUGGGGGAUGUGUAUGCUUUUGUCCUUUUUACUUUGUUUUUUUUACUUAAAUUUGUUUUAUUUAAGGUGGUUUUCAUUUCUCCAGUAAGGUGGGAUGGAAGCACUGGGGUGGAUGUACUGCGGGAUGCAGGCUGGACAUCUGGCUGAUAUACACUGUCAGAUCUGAGAAACAUAAUUGGCACCAGCAAAAUGAAGAUUGCCUCUGCCACCUCAACAUAAUGAAAACCACAGAGGAAACCUACUAGACUUGGAAAAGCCUAGUGACGUGAAUGAUAUUUCUGUCCCAUUACUUUAUGUUACAAAGCCCUGUUGUUGCAUUUACUGCUUCACACCUGAAUGCCAAACGAACUACAACAUCAUUCCAAAAGUUGUCACGUUUGUUUUUAUUUCCACUCCAAAUGUAUUCCGGACGUUCAUCCACCACCACCACCUCGGACCCCCACGGAGCCCUUUCACAGGAAGGCUACGACUGGUUUUAACCGCUACAAACUGGCUAUAAGGCUGCUUGCUCCUCUCUUAAAACCUCUUCUACCUGAGCGUCACAAUCUCAGCCUACACGAUAUCACAAUUUGUGUUUCAUUACAAUGAGCACCCGCUACCGUGUCCACUGUUGAAAUGGAUUAAGGUAUUUCUGAGCCCUUUCGUCUGAGAAAAUACAGGAUUCUUGCCAACCAGACAUGAGGCCGUUUUUGUCUUUGACCCUCUGAACCUCCCAUGAACAUAAAGUUGACCUUCUCCAUCCCAGAAAACUCAUGUAUGUGUUGGAUUUUACACCACUUUUACUGUCAAAGUCUGUGAGGCUGUUCUUUUCGUUAUCUGGACAAUUGUGCAGGGCUGAACGCUUGCUCAAGUGUAAACUGAAGAAAGCAUGCCAGUACCUUGCAAACAUUUUCAUGUCAUUGUCGAUUUUCUUUAGGAUCGAUUUUACUUCGUUUAACCUCUGUUCUUUCCAUCUCAGAAAAAAAUGGACUGACAGCAUAAGAUCAUAUAUUCCGACCUAAGCAAAGUGAUGUUUUGUUGAUUGGGUACAUCUCUCUUGGAUAUUAAUGACAGUGGUUCGUUUGUUAUAGGGGAAUCUGUGAAAGUCCACAGUGUUAACUACUAAAAAGGGCUUUCUAGGACAGCAUUUAUAUGUCUUUUAAAAUGAAAACAUCCUCUGAAUAUUCAGAAAUGAGAGGAAAAUGCCUUCUUGUGCCAUUUUAGAAAAAGUGAAAGCUUUUAAAUGGCAAAUAUUUGUCAGCAAGAGUGCCAAAUAAUUCCAUACUGAGCCAAAAGGCUACCAGCCUACAUAAGUAAAUGUUAGAUCACAGGAAUGGUUACGUCCUGUCUCCACUCCCCUUGAAAGACAUCACCCUAAUUGUACGACGUUUGAGCUCAUGUACUAUUAUUGUUAUGCUGCCAGUCUGUUUUCUGCUUUUGUCAGAGAAACAUCUCAGAAGCAGUAUAUUUUCUAAAUGAUACACUGUUGAUAAAAAGACAGCAGCUACUAUGGCGAGAGGGAAUGAGAGGAUUUUAAAAGUGUCAUUGUUUUUAUUAUUCGUUUAUUUGAACAUUAUUCAUUAAUAGAUUUAACGGUAAUGACUAUUUAAUGUAACUGUAGUACUGUGUUUGUAAAAGAAAUUCAGUGAGUUGUGUUUUAUGACUCGUGGACUACCAGUGAAGUCAGCAUUUCAGUGUUAAUAAUUGAAUUGUUUUUUAAAGAUUAUUUUUGCGACGGCAACAAAGAGUCAUUAUAAAUGUUCAUUUUAACAUCA